AUGGCCGACAAGGACAACGUGGCGCGUGGCGUUCGACAUAUACAACCAGGUGGCGCGCCCUAUCGUGGAAAUGUGCUGGAGGGAUACAACGGCACGAUAUUUGCGUACGGUCAGACCGGCACGGGCAAGACGUUCACCAUGGAGGGAGUCCGAUCAGUGGCAGAGAAGAAGGGAAUCAUUCCCAACUCGUUCGCGCACAUCUUUGGACACAUCUCCAAGGCAGCAGGCGACACCAAAAUCUACAACGAGGAGGUGCGCGACCUGCUCGGCAAGGUGCAGAGCCAGCGACUCGAGGUCAAGGAACGGCCCGACGUCGGCGUCUACGUCAAGGAACCUGGCUCGGAGCGCCAGAGCAAGACGGGCGCCACCGGUCAGCGCCUGAAGGAGGCCACCAAGAUCAACCUGUCGCUCUCCACCCUCGGCAACGUCAUCUCGGCCCUGGUGGACGGCAAGAGCACCCACGUGCCCUACCGCAACUCCAAGCUGACGCGCCUGCUGCAGGACUCGCUCGGCGGCAACAGCAAGACGGUGAUGAUUGCCAACGCCGGCCCUGCCGACUACAACUACGACGAGACGUUGAGCACGCUGCGGUAUGCCAACCGCGCCAAGAGCAUCAAGAACAGCGCCAAGAUCAACGAGGACCCGAAGGACGCGCUGCUGCGCCAGUUCCAGAAGGAGAUCGAGGAGCUGCGCCGUCGCCUGGAGGAGGAGGAGGGCGGUGGCGACUCGGACAGCGGCUCGGAGCAGGUGGCUGAGGUGCAGGCCCAGCUAGCGGAGGACCGGCGCCGCCUCCAGCAAGAGAAGGGCAUGGCCGAGGCUGAGCGGCGCCGGCUCAAGCAGCAGGUUGACCAGCACGAGAAGGAGCUGGCAGGCGCACAUGAUCAGUUGGCCGAGAAGCUGGCGCUGCUGGAGAAGAAGAUCAUCGUGGGCGGUGUGAACCUGCUGGAGCGGUCGGAGGAGCAGCAGCGCCUGCUGGAAGAGUCUGCCCGCGAGCUGGAACGGCGCCAGCAGAACGAGCGCCAGCUACAGCAGGCGCUGCAGAUGAAGGAGGCGGAACGUCUAGACAUCGAGGAGCGCUACAGCUCUCUUCAGGAAGAGGCGGUGGGCAAGACCAAGAAACUGCGCAAGGUGCAGCUGCUGCUGGAGGCCAAAUGUGAGCUGGAGGACCUGCGCGCCGAACAGCAGCGCGAGAAGGAGGGGUUGCUCGAGAACGUGCGACAACUGACCAGCGACCUACGCCUCCAGCAGCUGCUCAUCGACCAGGCGAUCCCGGCCGAGUACCAGAGCAUGGUGGAGCAGUACGCCAGCUGGAACGACGAGAUCGGGGAGUGGCAACUGCGCUGCGUCGCCUACACGGGCAACAACAUGCGGCGCAACACGGACCCGGCCGAUGCCGACCGUCAGCCGGAGCCGCCGCUGGUGGACCUGUCGCACGUGUACCUGUCGUACUCCGCCGACGGACCGGGCGUGGCCAUCCGGCCCAAGUCGGCCAAGCACCGACAGGCGCGGCCUCGCGGCUCUGCAGUCCCUCCCGGCACCGCCGCCAGACAGCGGAUGUGAGACCGACGGGGCGCGAUCCUGCCACGCCAGCCGCCCCAGCUUCGGAGCGGUGGUGGAGGAGACGGCGGCCUGCUGUGAUAACCCUUCAGGCAACCCUGCUGACGUCAGCCGCGCUGCCAGCGAGGCUGCCUCCCGACUGUGUGCAGUAUUCUAGUCUAGCCUGCCGCGCGCGGCGGCGGCUCCACCCGAACGCCGCGGCAUGAUAACGCGGUUAUGACUUUGCGCAUCCGGCGAAGCGGUGACUGCGACCGCCUCCGACUGUGAUGAGGCUGUAUCUGGAGCGCUCGGACUGUUUGUCGUGAGGUGUUGCGGUUUACUGGGGCGUGUCGCACCUGAUCUCACUCCGCGGAUGGAUGUCCGCACAACGGGAGCCCCACCCCUCGCCGGAGCCGAGACCGAUUCAGGGCUCGCUGUCCGCCCGCACUUACAUUCACCGUGUACUCCGCGCCUCAGGCAGUGUAUGCGAAUGAGCGAGCUUGGCGUACGAUGUAACCCGGCGUGCCACGAGGACGACACAG